UGAGGAAAAUCCGAGGGGGAAGUUUGGUGGUUGUUGCCUGGGGUCGUGAGGGGAAGAGGAGGCGUGUGGGGGGAUCUGCCCCCCUUUAGUCCGUUUCAAUGGGCAACCGAGGAAUGGAGGAGCUGAUUCCGUUGGUGAACAAGCUGCAGGAUGCUUUCAGCUCUAUCGGGCAGAGCUGCCACCUCGACCUGCCGCAGAUCGCCGUGGUGGGCGGCCAGAGCGCGGGGAAGAGCUCCGUCCUCGAAAACUUCGUCGGCCGAGAUUUCCUACCCCGUGGCUCUGGAAUUGUCACCAGACGACCCCUCAUCCUUCAACUUAUCUUCUCUAAAACAGAGUAUGCAGAAUUUUUGCACUGCAAGUCCAAGAAGUUUACAGAUUUUGAUGAAGUACGGCAAGAGAUUGAAGCAGAAACAGACAGGGUCACAGGAACAAACAAAGGCAUCUCUCCAGUUCCCAUCAACCUCAGGGUGUAUUCGCCACAUGUGUUGAAUCUGACUUUGAUUGACCUUCCGGGUAUAACUAAGGUGCCAGUGGGUGACCAACCACAGGACAUUGAGUAUCAGAUCAGAGAUAUGAUUUUGCAGUUCAUUAGCAGAGAGAGCAGCUUGAUCCUUGCUGUAACUCCAGCAAACAUGGAUUUGGCCAAUUCAGAUGCUCUCAAAAUGGCUAAAGAAGUUGAUCCACAAGGCCUACGGACAAUUGGGGUGAUAACCAAGCUGGACCUGAUGGAUGAAGGCACUGAUGCUAGAGAUAUCCUGGAGAACAAACUGUUGCCUCUGCGGCGAGGUUACAUUGGAGUCGUGAACCGAAGCCAGAAGGAUAUUGAUGGUAAGAAAGACAUCCGAGCAGCACUGGCAGCUGAGCGCAAGUUUUUCCUUUCCCAUCCUGCUUACAGACACAUGGCAGACCGCAUGGGAACCCCACACUUGCAGAAGGUCCUCAAUCAGCAAUUAACAAACCAUAUCCGAGAGUCUCUGCCAUCCCUGCGUAGCAAACUCCAGAGCCAGCUGCUGUCUCUGGAAAAAGAGGUGGAAGAAUACAAGAACUUCCGCCCUGAUGACCCUACACGAAAAACAAAAGCCUUGCUGCAGAUGGUCCAGCAGUUUGCUGUGGACUUUGAGAAGAGAAUUGAAGGCUCUGGAGACCAGGUAGACACACUAGAACUCUCAGGUGGAGCCCGAAUAAACCGCAUCUUCCAUGAGAGGUUCCCCUUUGAGCUGGUCAAGAUGGAGUUUGAUGAGAAAGAUUUGAGACGAGAAAUCAGCUAUGCAAUCAAAAACAUCCAUGGUGUAAGGACGGGACUGUUCACACCAGACUUGGCAUUUGAGGCCAUUGUGAAAAAGCAGGUGGUGAAGCUGAAAGAGCCUUGUCUGAAGUGUGUCGACCUGGUUAUUCAGGAGUUAAUCAAUACAGUUAGACAGUGUACCAGUAAGCUUGGAUCCUACCCUAGACUGCGAGAAGAGACAGAGAGAAUUGUUACUACAUACAUCAGAGAACGUGAAGGGAAAACUAAAGACCAGAUUCUUCUGUUGAUUGACAUAGAGCUUUCUUACAUCAACACUAACCAUGAAGACUUCAUUGGAUUUGCCAAUGCACAGCAACGGAGCACCCAAGCAAAUAAGAAAAGAGCAAUCCCAAAUCAGGGUGAGAUACUGGUCAUCCGGCGAGGCUGGCUGACCAUCAACAACAUUAGCAUCAUGAAAGGUGGUUCCAAGGAGUAUUGGUUUGUCCUGACAGCAGAGAGUUUAUCCUGGUACAAGGAUGAAGAGGAGAAGGAGAAGAAGAGGAAGAGAUUAGAGCUGAAAAACCAUUGGGAAGUCAGAAUGCGCAGAGGCUAAAUGAUAAACUAGCAUAGAAUAGUAUGAGAUUGUGUCAUACAUGGUGAAGAAGUUAAGAUGGAAUCCUUAACUUACUAUUAUUGGAAUUUUUAUACUUAAGUGAAUUGGUAAACACUUUAACUCUUCUCUUGAAUCAAAUGGUGUAGUUUUCUUAGACUACUGUUGAAAAAUAAUCUGCCUGCUCCAGUUACUAGCAAUUUUUUUUCUACGGAACAGAUUCUGGACUAAAGAUAGAUUACUACUACUGAAAAUCUAAAGAUUUAAUUUACUUAUUAUAAAUAGGUCUGAAUAUACAUAUAAGCAUUCUAGAUAAAUUAUUUAAAAUAUUUGAAUUAUGUUCAAGGCUGGUUAACAAUCAAUUAAAUACUGUAUUAAAAUACAGCUAAAAAUAAAUUCUGUGCAAGGGCUAGAGUAUUUUAAGCAGUGAUAGAAAAUAUUUAUGAAGUUUAUUUGGGAAUGGGAGAAGAUGAGAACAGUAUAUUAUUGGGUUUUUUAAUUAGGAAAAAUUUGUCAAGUGUACUUAAGGCAGCUCAUUAAAAAUAAUGCAGGAACAAUGAAGUAGAGAUAGCAGCAGUUAGAAUAUAUAAAGGAGGGCAGAUUAUGGAAACACUUGCUAGAAUAAAAUUUACUACACUGCCUCCCAAAAGGCAAACCCUGCAAGGGCCAGACAAACCUCUCCAGCUACUUCAUUCCAUAGCCUUGAAAUCACAACUGAGAAGGCACUUUCCCCUGGGCCCACCUAAGUGGCAAAGGAACAUGGUAAAGAGCUCUGUAUUAGAACAGAGUUGUAUUCAAUGUGUUGUAAAAGGUUGGGGAAAAUACAGGUAUAUAUUAGGACAGGAGGAGAAUAGUUUAAUAUUAGGUGAUAUUCUAGGAUUGAAUAAAUGAAAAAGGAGGGAUGUAACUAGAAUGGAUAAAUUUUUACUAUCUUUAAACUAAAGAUGGACAGAGAAGCAAGUUGCUUCCAAAUAGACAAAGAACUGGCAAGCUUCUAAACACAGAGAAAGGUUUUCUCAAAUGCUUGGAAAACUAACUUGGAGAUAACAUUGCAUUUGCAUAGAUAGAGAACGUAUAAUCAAUCUAAUCUUGAUAUUAUGUGAAAUAUUAAUUAAAGGUAGUUGCAUGAUUUAAUGAUUGCAUUUAAUCAAACACAACACUUAUGAAGAUUGUAGAAGGUCAGUUUUUAUGUAAGAAGAACCUGAUCAUGUUGCCUAAUACUGUUUGGGUGGCUAGGAUGGGCAUGAGAUAGCCUGGCCUUGAAUUUGGGGUGCCCCUUCUUCGAAAUUCCUCACACAUGCACUCUCUCUUUAGGUGAUUCAGCCUACUCAUGGACUAGUGGAGGGGCUUCAGUCCCUUCAGCUACUUCAAAUUCAUGUGUAAUGGGGUCCACUUUCUUGCCCAACUCAUACUAGUUAGACAUAAUCAUUAAGAAGUGAGCAGAAUAAUGUGAUCAGUUUAAUUGAAAAGUUAAAAAAUUAAAAAAUGUUUGCUCCGCUCGCUUGGGCUACAGCAGAAGCCCCAGAUGAGGUGGGGAAGAGCAUAUCCAUAUUCAAGGGACAUAGCUACAAUGUCCGCGAUCAUGCUGGGGGCAGGGGGAAGAAGGGCACGAUCACACUGGGGUGGGGAAGAUGGACGUGAUUGUCCUUGUGCAGGGAAAGUGGGCACAUCCGCAGCCAUUCCCCUCCCCUCCCCUCCCCUCCUCCCUCAAGCACAACU